UUUAUCAUUUUUAUUAUUCCCCAAAUUUGUUUCCGUCAGUCCCGCGAAAAAAGAACAAACCAGGUACACUGCGGAGCCUUCUUAAAUUAGGCGGAGCGGAAUUCAUGGACGCCGGAAAAGCAGAGGCGCAGCAACAUGUGUUUCUCAAUCGCGCCAGUCGAGCCAGCAGGGGCAAACGGAUGACACAGCUGCUUGAUGAUGAGGUUGAGGAAGAUGAGCUCUUCUGGAAUCAAGAUGCUCUCAAAGAGGACGAGGUUGAUGAAGAGUAUGCGGAAGAAGGAGAAGUUGCUGAUGUUUUUGACAGUGACUUCGAUGAAGAUGAGCCUGAGGCAGAUGAUGAAGGAGAAAAUGAACCUGAUGAGAGGACAAGGAAAAAAAAGAAACUAACAUACCCUGGAAAUCCAUCGACAAAGAAGAAGAAAAAGAAGAAAGACAACACACCUUCUAAGGUAGAAAGUGCUCCGAAUGAUGAGAAUAAUCUAGAGGAAUCAACUCCUUCAGAACAUCAUGAUGCCCCUGAUGAAGCUGAGGUUGAAAAAUCAGUCAGAAAAUCAACUAGAACUUCUGUAAUCAUCAGGCAAGCCGAAAGGGAUGCAAUUCGUGCAGCUUUGCAAGCUACGAUGAAGCCUAUUAAAAGAAAAAGUGCCGGGGAGGAGAAGAAAAUUACACAAGAAGAGAUGCUUCUGGAAGCAGCUCAAACAGAAAUUAUGAACGUGAGAAACCUGGAAAAGGUGUUAGCAAGAGAAGAAGAAGUUAAAAAAAGAGCUAUUGUGCACAAAGCAGUUUACAGUGGUCCGCAGAUACGAUUUCUUUCUAAAAAUGGCCUUUCAUAUCUAACCUUCAUGAAUGGAUCAUCGUUUGAUUCAGGGGUCUCAACCAAAUCCACUCCAUAUUCAGAGAAGGCAGUUUGUGCGGUUACAGGGGUUCCAGCAAUUUAUCGUGAUCCAAAGACUGGUUUACCUUAUGCAACAAAAGAAGCAUUCAAGAUCAUUCGUGAAAGGUUUGCUCAAGAGAGUAGCUGCAAGAAGAAGGAUAGCACUAUGGGGAUCUUGUCUGAUGCUACUUACGAACCUGGAUUCACUCAAAAGAGAAAGAGAUCGGUGAUUCCACAGGACAGUGAGACAUCCUACUUUCGGCAGUUUGCUCGUUUCCGCAGGAUUCCUGCUGUUGAAAUAGAAGACUCAGAUUAGGAGCCUUACUCCUUCCUUGCAUUUUUUUUUUCUGAGAAGGGAUAUCACGUACUUGUAUCUUGUCUUGAAUGUAAAUAGAUUGUGAGAGGCUCUUGUGGGAAAUGGUAGAAGUAAUGCUUAUGGGGAAAGCAAAAUAACUCUUCGUACUAAUGCGAUUUGCAUGGAUAUUUCUUGUGUUUCACUUGGACUUGUAUUAGUUUGCCAAAUUAUGAAUUGAUGUACAAAACUUUAACUUUUUCACCAUUAAA